CAACGGCGGCUCUGAGUGAGGAGCAGCUCGGAGGGUCAGACUGAACCGUGCCGUCACUGCUACACCUGGAAAAACAUCCUCUCCGCUAACCAUGAAGUUCGUGGUGGUUCUGGUCGGAGCGGGAACCCUGGCCUUCCUCGGCGCGGUCAUCUGCAUCAUCGCCAGUGUUUAUCCGCGUAAACGCGCCGCGCCUCUCGGAGAGAACGGCACAGUGACGUCGGAGACGCUGCUGCAGCCUCUGGAGCCCGGAUCCGUGGCUCACGCCGGACCGCUCGGUGCGCUCCACGGCGCGGAGUCCUACGACGGCGGCAACGGAAUCGGCAGCAUCGGGCUGGAAGUGCCGACCCUGAACGAGCUCAACCUCGGCGAGGAGACGGGAGGAGGCGCCGCCAAGCAGUUCAGCUUCAGCCGCUUAAUCUGCACACCUGUGCCGGUGGGUGAUUGUAACACGAAGGACCUGCAGCAGAAGAGAGAGCGGGAGCGGGAGCGGGAGCACGAGCAGCAGGAGGACGAGCCGCUGUACGGAGCCGGUGAUGAAGACUGGAGUUACCUCCGCUCCACCGCCGAGGAGCUCCGGCAGACCGUCCUGCAGCAGAACGACCAGAUCCUCAUGGACCAGAGGACCAUCCGGGAACUGACCGGGAAGCUGGGGGAGUGUGAGAGCGGCCUGGAGGAGGACGACAGGAACAGCCCGGAGAGAAGCAUCGGGGUCUGGAGCGGGAACCGCCGCGUAAUGGCCGGGGAUGAUGUGAGCUCUUCUUCGGCCGCGCAGCUGCAGACGGCACGGGCUGUGGAGGAGCUGGCCCGGGCCAUCAUGGACCUGAAGGACCGCAUCGAGAAGCUGGAGGCGGAAAUAGGCCCUGCAGCCUUAAACCUCACCGACACGUCAGCAGGCAGCAGCAGCAGCAGCAGCAGCAGCAGCAUCAGUCCUGUGGGAAACACCGUCAAGCCUCCCUCCUCACCCUCUGGCAGAACCUCCCCUUCACCUCCCGGUCCUGCCUCAGGGGGGCAUCGUCCUGUUUCCCCUCCGUCGUCCAACCCCAAGCACCCGUCGAAGGGGUCACCAGGUCGAGGGAAGGGCACCUGGAGGGUGGAGGACCUGGAGGGGGAGCUGGAGAGGAAGAUAAAGAUGUUGGAGAAGGAGCGUCAGGCCAUGAGGAAGGAGACGCACGGUCAGCAGGAGAAGAUCAACCAGGGGAUUGACACGGCCAACCACCGCGUCACCGAGCUGGAACAGACUCUGACAGAACCGUCUUUCCCGGACGGCUUCGUCCUGUCCUUCCCCAUGAGGACCAACUACAUGUACGGCCUGGUGAGGAAGGAGAUAACGGAGAUGUACGCCUUCACCGCCUGCGUGUGGCUGAAGGCCAAAGAAGGGGGCAUCGGGACGCCUUUCUCCUACUCCGUGCCGGGGCAGCCUAAUGAGCUGGUGCUGCUGCAGGGCGUCCACAACCCCGUGGAGCUGCUCAUCAACGACAAGGUGGCGCAGCUCCCUCUGACUCUGCCGCAGGACGAGUGGCAGCACAUCUGUGUCAGCUGGACCCUGAGGGACGGAGUGUGGAAGGCCUACCAGGGGGGGAAGAUGAAAGGGAGGGGCGAGGGCCUGGCCGCGUGGCAUCCCAUUAAACCAGGAGGGGUCCUCAUACUGGGACAGGCCCAGGACACCUUGGGUGGUCGGUUCGACGCCUCCCAGGCCCUGGUGGGGGAGCUCUCCCAGUUCAACCUGUGGGACCGGGUGCUGAAACCCGCAGAAGUGGCUGCCCUGGCCGAAUGCAGCUCCUCGGCACUCGGGAACAUCGCCCCCUGGACCGACCACGAUGUAGAUGUUUACAGCGGCGCAACCAAGGAGUCCAUGGACCCCUGUCACGGUCCACAGAGAUCCAGUCCCUCCAGCACAAAUCAGUGAGGGGCGAUGGAGAGCGUUGGCUCGCGGGUGGUGUUGUUUCGUAGCUCAGUUAAGGAGUUGUCGUAGGAUUUUAAAGGCGUACCAUAUUUGACUUUACAGUAUAUUUAUUUGCUGGCGAACGAGGCCCCUUCACGUGGACUGAAGGACCCGGGUCCUGGACUGGUUUGUGUUCUUGUGUCUCAGGCUGCGUGGGUGGAUCAACAUCUGACAUGAACAUGAGAACGAAGGGAGAUUCUGGUCAGAAAUUCAAGUCUGGCUUCGGUUUUCAGCUGAAACAGGAACAACGUGUGGAAAAACCAGGGCGUGUUGAGCUAAGAGACCUUCAAUCAUGUUAGCAUUUCUAUGUGAUUCAGUUCAGCCGACUGAGCGUCCAUCGACAGCUGACUAACGAGACGGUGUCAUGGCAACGCUGCUUCUGAAAAAAAAAAGAAAAAAAGAAAUGGAUUUUUUUGUUGAUUUUGUUGGUAACUGUGAAUGAACCUGUCGAGUAAAGUCUCUGUGUGUACUGUA